GAGGAAUACGAUGCGGAAUAUGGUGACAAGCCGAGUAACGGGGAACCGAUCUUACGGCAAAUAGGAAGGGCCCUGCAUAGCUCGUAUUGCUAUCCAUUCACAGGGUGGCGACCUUUUGUGAACACUGUAUUCGGUUUUAUGCCUAUCCUGGAAUGGCUACCUAAAUAUCCUGUCAAGGAAUAUCUAGUAAAUGACAUCAUCGGAGGACUUACUACUGGUAUCAUGCAUGUGCCUCAAGGUAUCGCUUAUUCUGCCCUGGCCGGGGUCGAUCCUGUCUACGGUCUCUACGCGUCAUGUUUUCCUGCAUUUUUCUACAUGUUCUUUGGUACUUCACGACACGUGUCAAUU